AUGGAGAACGUGAAAUUGGAGCCCUCAGAGACGAAGCAUGAGGCAGAUGCACCUCAAGAAAGUGGCGCAGCCAAUCAGUUGAAGAAACUUAAAUCACCAGGCGCUGCCGACGCGAAAGACAAAAGUGCUGGCUGCAAGAAGCAUAGUAAAAGGUCUCGGAAGCUUCAAUCACGGCCGAAGGUAAAGAAGGAGCGCAAGAAAGCGGAGCAGUCGAGCGAAAGUGACAGUAGCGAUGACUCAUCCUCCUCUUCUUCUUCGUCUUCAGAGGAGUCAGACGGCACUGACGAUACCGACUCCAGUAGUGAGUCGAGCGACUCAGACAAGCGAAGCAAAAGGCGGAAAAAGGCCAGAGCGAGGGCGAAGAAGCAGAAGGAUGCGAAGCGAAGUCGAUCCAAGAGGCACAUUAUAGAUUCAUCCACAAGUGACUCUUCUGACUCAGCAGAUGACGACGACGAAUCUUCAGCGAGUGAAAAGACUACCAAAAGGUCUCUGAAGGCGAAAGCCAAGGCGAAAGCAAAAGCCAAGAAGGCAGCGAAGCAGAAGGCCGAGGAUGAAGUGGAGCCGGAUCAGGUCGCUGGGAAUGACCCUAACGAGGCUAGACUCCAAGCGGUGGAGGCACAGCUGGCACGAUUGGGUCUCUCGGCUGGCGAAUUAGGGACCCCAGCAGCUAAGCGACGAGCACGAAGAGCUUAUCGUGCAGGAUUCGCCAGUCAGGCAAAUGAUUUGGAUGAGACGAGAACUCGUAGCAAGGCGCGGAGCAGCAAAUCAAAAAAGAACAAGCGAGCCUCAAAGAUAGCUUUCAAGCGGGUGGAUCAACUCUGGGAUUCGUCAAUCCACAACUACAAGUUGAGCGAAACUGUGGACGAUCCAGAUGCCGACGAAUGGAACCAAUACAUCUUCACAGUGCGACGGCAAUUCGAUUGGGAGCACAAAUACGAGUCCACCUUCGUGGAUAUAAGAAGUAAGCCAUUGAAAGAAGCCAUUCAGCACGUAAUGCAGGACGUGAAAGGUCUAAGUCUGGUGCAAGACACCCCAUCACUGGAUCCUAACAUGCUCUUCCUGUACCUCGAAGAGCUACGAGCCUACCUGCGCGAGCUGAAGACGUCUGGCAAGAAAGAGAAGAAGAAAAAGGCGCGAAAAGCUGCCACCACGAAAGCACAGCACCUGAAAGUGCUUGUUAAGUAUCUGGACAAAGACUUCGCAGAGACCAAGAAAACUUUGUAUCCACUGCUGGAGAACGCCAUGAUCACAUUCGAUCUUUUAUGGGCAUUGUUCAAGCCAAACGACAUUGUUUACACUUCAACUUACAACGAUAACGAGCAACCUCGCGCCUUCAAAAUCGAGUAUGCAACCAAAGAAUCGAGCUUCAUGAAUGGGACGUGGUAUUCUGUUGAAGGCCGCUACCUAGAGUACGAUGGUAAGGCAUUUGGCAUGGGCUCAAUGCAUGCCGAGGUUUCCGCGUUUAAAGGAUCCCGGAAGAUCUCCUCGCUCAGUUGUUAUCCAAUCAAGUACCACAAGAAUGUAGAGGAGUUGAAGACAAAGCUCAUCGAACGAGGUAAGAAAUUUGUCGCUUUGAAAGGCAUGAAUUAUCGCUUCCACAAAGGGAUGGCAUACCUGAAGAAGAAGCGGGCAGUGCUGAAGAUCAAUAUCAAUGGUCGGGUCAUGGUGGACCCUGCGAUACACAGACGCAUCAAUCCUAACUAUCAGGUCAGCACUGUCAGGCCCAAGGAAGAAGAUGAUUAUUUCGAAAUGACAGACGAAAGUGGCGAUGAUAGUUGUGACUGUUGCGGCGGUGGUUCGAACAGCUCAGAGAUUGGAGAGCAAGAUAAACGCACCCCUUCGUCGGAUGAGUCGAAGCCAAAGAAGAAAUUCAAGGUCAUUGAAGAUGAGAACGGUGACCACCACGUAGUUGAAAUCAAGUCAGACGAUGAAGAGGAAGAGAUCAUGCCAAAGGAGAAGCUCGACAGCCUCGCACAACGAUCCAAAGAAGAUUCCUUUACAGAUGACGAGCUUCUAAUAGCAAGUCCGGUUGUCCUUGGAUUCGCCUUCAGUGAGAAACUUUGGCUCGAAUUCACUGUUUCUGGCAUCAGAGAUGUCGAAUGGAACAAGGGCGCCUACGAUUCGCUGGUUCUCCCUGAAAACCACAAGUCUAUCGUAAAGUCGCUUGUAACCUCACACAAAUUCAGCGCGGCCAAGAACAUUGACGACGUGAUCAGUGGCAAGGGUAAGGGUCUUGUUGCAGUCUUACACGGACCUCCAGGCACUGGAAAGACUCUGACCGCUGAGGGCAUUGCUGAAUUGCUGAAAUGUCCUCUGUAUAUGGUCAGCGCUGGAGAGUUGGGCACCGAUCCCCGCGUCCUCGAACGGAAUUUGACUGACAUCCUUGAUAUCGCUCAUGCCUGGGGAGCUGUACUUCUUCUGGAUGAAGCAGAUGUCUUUCUGGAGAAAAGAUCGAUCCACGACAUCCACCGCAACGCAUUGGUUAGCAUCUUCCUCCGACUGCUGGAGUACUUCCAGGGCAUCCUCUUCCUGACCACCAACCGGGUCGAGACCUUCGAUGACGCCUUCCAAUCCCGGAUCCACGUCGCGCUCAGAUACGGCGAGCUGACCACCAAAGCCAAAAAGAGCGUCUGGCAGAUGUUCGUCGACAAAGUCCGCAACGUCGAGGGUGUCGAGGUUGCAGAGUUCAACGAAGCCGACUUCGACGCACUGGCCAAGCACAACCUGAAUGGACGACAGAUCAAGAACUCAACCCGUGCGGCACAGGCGCUCGCCCUCAGCGAAGCUAAGCCAUUUUCCAUGUCACAUCUCACGCGCGUGCUGCAGGUCGCGCAGUCGUUUGAGCAGGAUCUGAAGGGUGGCACGGGGUAUGAGGAUGCCAUGAGAAGUUAUACGUAG